AUGGAAGGAGAUAUGAUAGAGGCAUCAACAUUUUUAAAAUUAAAAUGUUCACGUCUAGGAACACAACUAAAGGAUUUGGAAAAAAGGUUGUCUGCUGAAUUUUUGAGUAAUUGCCAUGAAGUGCAACUACAACUCUACAUCGACUCUCUUCAACAACUCAACACUAAGUUUGACGCAGCUCAAUCUAGUCUCGAACAGGAAGACUUCCAUGAACUGGAAAGUGAGGUGCGAGAUAACUUUGAACAGAAGUAUAUUGACAUUAAAUCCGCGAUCAUGAUAGAGCUGUCCCAUCGUCAAACGAAUAUCAGAAAUUCAACUAGUAGAUUUCUAUCGAACGAUGAGGCUCCUUCUAUUAAUGUUAAAUACUCGCGUUCAAGGCUGCCAGAACUUCAACUCCCGACCUUCAGUGGUGACAUCAAGGACUGGCCGCAUUUCAUUUUAAUGUUUGGAACAAUUGUUGAUGAAAGCAUUGAACUCAGCAAUCUCGAAAAACUUCAGCACUUAAGAUCUUGUUUGAAGGGUUCAGCGCUAGAUGCAAUAAAGUCACUUGAAGUCAGUGACGCUAACUAUGCUAAGUCACUUUUAUUAUUAUCUAAAAGAUUUGAUAACAAAAGAUUAAUCUUUCAGGCACACAUAAAGGAAAUAUUUGGGUUGCGACGUGUUGAACCAAACGCCGUUGUUGAUCUGCGACGCCUUAGUGAUAAAAUGAAUUCACACCUACAUGCAUUGAGCACGCUGGGCAGCAAGGAACAAAUUGCUGAUGGUCUCAUAGUACAUCUUGUUUCGCAAAGGCUAGAUCCUGCAUCUCAAGCAAAAUGGGAAGAAAAGGCUUCAAUUGAUGCAAUACAUACGUGGGAUCAAAUGGCAGAUUUUCUUGAUAAAAGAUGUAAAACUUUGGAGCAUGUUGAUUACGCCACGAAAUUUUCAGCACAUAACAAAACUGAGCAAAUCAAUCUCCAUCCAAUUGCCAGAAAAGUGUUCAUAGCAACAAACUCAAAGGGAUGUACAUUUUGUGAAAGUGAUGAUCAUUUCAUUUACUCCUGUUGUCAAUUUACAAAUCUUUCUCCAAAACUUCGUCUAACUGAAGCCAGAAAACUCAGCCUUUGUUUAAAUUGUCUAAAAAAGGGACAUCAAUUAAAACAAUGCAAGUCUUCGUUUUGUCGUAUUUGCUCAAGACCUCACCACACGCUCUUGCAUUUAAAUGAACCUAUUAAUGACAGUACCUUUUCUUCAUCUAAUGAUGUACCAAUAGUUAAUCCGACGUCAAAUACUAAAUCUAAAGUGCAGGCUUACUUAGUUUCAACAAACGCGUCGCAAUAA